AUGUUUCCUGAUCCAACUGGUAGUCUGGGACUCGUUCAGAUCCGCAAGAUCAUACAAGCCAAGAAACAAAGGCGACUGCCUGAUGUCUUCUCUUCUGUCUUCGACGACGCCGGUCAAGGCGUGCACACAGUCGCUCAUCACGUCCUUGGCAAGAAAUCAUUCUGGACAAGGGACCCAGAGAACGUGAAGACCAUUCUCUCCGCCAAGUUUUCCGACUGGCAGCUUCCCGCGGCUCGGGUGACUGCCUUCAAACAGUGCUGGGGUGGUGGCAUCUUUGGCGCUGAUGGCCACCAGUGGAAACACUCCCGUGCUUUGCUCCGUCCAGCGUUUGGACGCAGCCAGAUUCAGGAUAUUGAGCUGAUCGAACAUCACUUUGUCAAUCUUGUCAAGCGAAUUCCCGAGAACGAGGUCUUUGACUUGACAGACUUAUUUCCCAUGUUUACCAUGGAUAUCGUGACAGAUAUGCUCUUUGGGGAGACAACAGGCUGCCUCGACCCGUCCAAGGCGGAAGAAGGCCAGAAGUUCGCUUCCUGCUUCAACUACAUUAUGCAGAGAAUGUCGCUUCGGCUCUCUGCGCCACUGCUCGCCAUGCUGCCCGACUUCAAGCUGCAAAAGGCCGUCAAAUUUGUCUACGAGUUUGCCGAUUACUUCAUCAACGAGGCACUUAAGCGCCGAGCUGGCGGCGGGAAGGACAUGGAUCAGGAGUCGCAUCUUGGCAAGAGGAAGCACUGUUUUCUCGACGAGAUUGCCACCGACGGAGAGACUUCCGAGGCACUCCGUGGUGAGAUGCUGAGCACAAUGGUUGCAGGUCGCGACACAACUGCCUCCCUCCUCGGCAUCCUGUGGUGGCACCUCCCUCGCAGACCCGACAUUCUCAGCAGGCUGCGCGAGGAGGUUGCAUCUCUUGGCGGAAACGCCCCUGAUGCGAGAUCAAUGAAGGACCUGAAAUACUUGGAAAAGGUUGUCAAUGAAGUCCUACGCCUUUACCCUAUCAAUCCGAUCAACUCAAGGACUGCCCGUGUCGAUACAAUACUCCCUCAGGGCGGGGGUGAAGAUGGCAUGUCACCUAUCUUCGUUGCCAAGGGUGAGACUGUUGUAUUCAGCUCCUUGGCAAUGCACAGGAGAAGGGACAUCUUUGGCGAAGAUGCCGGCAUCCUCAACCCAGAUAGGUGGGACACAAAGAGACCUUCGACCUGGGAAUACAUACCCUUCGGUGGCGGUCCACGAAUGUGUCUCGGUCAGCAACUUGCGCUGCUCGAAGUGGCGUACACGACUGCUCGGUUGGUGCAGACAUUUUCCGGCAUUGAGCCUAUCGGUGGCGAUGUGUUUGUAGAACAGUUUGCGAUGGCUUUGACAAGCGGAGAUGGGUGCAAAGUCCGCCUCAGCAGGGCAUAG